AUGAGUGCUCGGAUUUUUAGUCGGUUUCAGACCUGUGUGUUCUGCGAGACCCCUAGUGUGUAUCGGUCAGGACGUCUGUGGAGGAUCGCUGAAGGUGAAUUGAGUCGUUUGAACCUUGAGGAAGCGAUAUAUUCUCUGCCACCUGAUGCUAGCAAUGUUGAGGUGAUUGAGUUAGGGAAUGGAGUGUUUGAUGUCAAGGGAGUUACGGAGAGCGGCUAUUCUGAGCCAAUGACUUGUUUGACUAGCCAAAUGAAUUACCAUGAGACAAGCAUUGGGCAAGAUUUAAAGCGAAGCUUUGAUAGCUUGUCGAACGAAUUUGAUGUCGAGAUUGUUGUCACGAAGGAUGCAGUAUAUUCAAGGGACCAGAAGAGGUCAACGAAAGGGAGUUUGUCCGUUCAUUUGUUAGGUCUAUCGUCGCACGUUUCAGCAGCUGACGCCCACUUGGCGAGCCUUAUUGAGCUGUAUGAAGGCUCGAAAUCCGGAGCGGUACCCAGGUUUGUAGAAUGCUUUGAUUUGGAAGCUUAUUCACUAUUACCGCAGGUUAUUGGGGUUGAUAUGGCCAACCUAAGGCAUGUGUCGUCUACUUAUAAGACACAAGUACGUGUUCCGUCUCUAAUACUGCCUUUCAAAGAUCGCAAAGCUCAAAUCCACUUGUCGGGCGAGAUCCAUUCCUUGGUCUUGUCUGCUAAGGAUGCUCUAAUGGAGAUAAUGGAAAGAUCUCAAUCCUCGAUUUACUAUUUCAAGCUUAGUAAUGUCUCACCCGGUAAGUUGUUAUUCAUUAAAAAUUACUACCCAUCUGAAAUGGCCCGUCUAAUGAUCAAAUAUCGGUCCUUUAUCAGAGUCACGGACUCAUGCAUUGAAUUUCAAUCCCCAUGCUUGACUUUACUUAACUCAGUCAUCAAGGUUUUCACCAUAAACGUUCUCCACCAGAUAGUAGAGGUGCAGAUAACUCUGCAUAGUGAUUUUGCCUUUACCGAUGAUAUGGUUAGACUGAUCAUUUCUAAUGAAAAGGGCGGCUCUUUGAAUGCUAUGAAGAUAACCAAUCACGAGGAUCAACUCUUGCUCAUUGGGAAUCAUUCUACCAUGCAUGACAAUUUAGCCGCCAAUAAGAAAAACAGUGAUAUUAUCUAUCACUUGGCGAUGAUCCUGAGGGCAUUGCCACCCAAUUCACUGAAACAGUUGAGAGCCGUGUUUGAACUUCAUUCAGACUAUGAAGAAUUUAUAUCUGGUAAAAAGAACGGAAAAGUGACACGUAUAAUGGAGAGUGCUCCAUGUUUAAUCAAGCUGGAAAAACUCGAGGAAGAUGAUAACCUAUUUUUGAUCCUGAUAGCCGAUAGCUUAAGUGAGUUCUCUAACACGUUUGCGAUGGUAAUUAACGAACUACCCGCCGAAGAGUCAUUCUUUGUACCCGAAGUUUACCAUCGACCGGUAAUAGGAGCUGGAGGGUCAAUCAUUCAGGCUACUAUGAAGAGAUACAAUGUAUUCGUUCGAUUUUCCAACAGUUUCUUUCUGCCACAAAAUGAUCUCUCGCACGCUAGGUACGAUAAUGUGAUCAUAAGAUGUCCUUUCAAGAACGUCUCUACCAUUUCAGAGGCUAAAAGAGAACUGAAUUUACUUGCGAGAGAGUAUGGUGAUUUACAACCAAGAACUUUUAUUAAGUUCUCACCUGGUCAGUACAGAUUCAUGCUAUCAACUUCAUGUCAUAAAGGAGCUCAGAUAAUUGGUGAGAUCGAAAAGACUUACAAUGUGUACGUAAUAUUUCCGUUUGAAGAGCCUCCAGAGAAGUAUCUACUUGAGAUCAGAGGCAAUGCCGAUAAUUCAAUGCAAGCUGCGAAGGAACUGGUCAAGACAUGUUUUGGCAUUGAAAGGGAACUAAAAGUAAAUAAGCCCAUCAGUUUGACAAGUGACAUUUACAACAGUAUCAUAACUCCUUUUAAACAAAAUAUGAAAAUAGAGGCCACGUUCUCGGAAAAUACCGUGAGGUUAACAUAUGAACAAGGAAACUCUUCAGUAACAAGCGCUAUGGACCUUUUGACCAACUUCUUAAAGGAGCGAAAUUUGCGAAUACUAUCAAAAGAUGUGAUAGUUGAUUUUAUCAUUUCCAACAAUCAUGAUACCUAUGAUCCAAGUUUCAAUUCAGAUGGAUCGACAAGUGGCAUGAACUCAAAUUUCGAAGUCGGAGAAUACUACCAGCCGAUGCUGUCAAAUGGUGCUAUUGGAGGUAAAAUCAUGCUUCCUCAAGUUCAAGCCCGAAGAUCCGCCAAUGUGCAAAACAGUUUGAACGCCAGGAACACAGACUAUAAUUUGGCUAAACAUCCAUAUCCAGUUUACAACCAGCAACAAUUUCCAAAUGCUUAA